CAUCAUAAUAAAGUGUUUCUUUCCUUUGUCCAAAGAAGGUUGGUAGUUGUAGUUGGUGCGCAACAGUGCAUGCUUGCAAUUCAACUUAGUCUACAGUGUCCUUGUAUAUUACUCUUUUGUCCUUGCUCACUUGAUGCUUUCUACAAUCUCUGGGACACCCAGAUCUCAAUUUUCUUCAAUUUCACUCAGACCAGGUUUGCCUUUAAAACUAGCUUCUUCUUUUGCAUUUUGUCGAUGCCACAACUUCUGUGUUGGAUUGGUGGUACACUGGAAAUUAACCAUGGCUCAACCUGCAAGCCUCACAAGAAUAGGCCUUGCUGGCCUGGCUGUGAUGGGCCAAAACCUUGCUCUCAACAUUGCUGAGAAAGGCUUUCCCAUUUCUGUCUACAACCGGACCGCGUCCAAGGUUGAUGAGACAGUUGAAAGAGCAAAACAAGAAGGAAACCUUCCUGUGUAUGGCUACCAUGACCCUAAAUUCUUUGUCCAAUCCAUUCAAAAGCCAAGGGUCAUAAUAAUGCUUGUCAAGGCUGGUGCACCUGUUGACCAAACCAUCAAGACCCUCUCAGCACACUUGGAAAAGGGUGAUUGCAUCAUUGAUGGUGGCAAUGAGUGGUAUGAGAACACUGAGAGAAGAGAGAAAGCGAUGUCCGAAUUGGGUCUUCUCUACCUUGGGAUGGGAGUUUCAGGUGGUGAAGAAGGUGCAAGACAUGGUCCCUCUUUGAUGCCUGGUGGUUCAUUCGAGGCCUACAAGUACAUAGAAGACAUUCUCCUCAAGGUGGCCGCACAAGUCCCUGAUAGUGGUCCUUGUGUGACCUACAUCGGCAAAGGUGGAUCAGGAAAUUUUGUGAAAAUGAUCCACAAUGGAAUUGAGUAUGGUGACAUGCAGCUCAUUGCUGAGGCCUAUGAUGUGCUAAAGUCGGUUGGAAAGUUGUCAAAUGAGGAGCUGCAAAGUGCGUUUUCGGAAUGGAACAAAGGGGAACUCCUGAGUUUCCUCAUCGAGAUCACCGCUGACAUAUUUGGAAUCAAGGAUGACAAAGGAGAAGGGCAUUUGGUAGAUAAGGUUUUGGACAAAACUGGCAUGAAGGGAACUGGCAAAUGGACCGUGCAACAAGCUGCUGAGUUAUCAAUUGCUGCUCCCACAAUAGAGGCCUCUUUGGAUGCAAGGUUCCUCAGUGGAUUGAAAGAGGAGAGAGUUGAAGCUUCAAAGGUGUUUAAGUCAAGUGGCUUUGAUGAAAUCUUGAGUGACCAACAUGUUGACAAAAAGCAGCUCAUUGAUGAUGUUAGGAAGGCUCUUUAUGCUGCCAAGAUCUGUAGUUAUGCACAAGGAAUGAAUCUGAUCAGGGCAAAGAGCAUUGAGAAAGGUUGGGACUUGAAGUUGGGGGAACUUGCAAGGAUUUGGAAAGGGGGUUGCAUCAUAAGAGCAAUAUUUUUGGACAGAAUCAAGAAAGCAUACGACAGAAAUCCUAACCUUGCAAACCUUCUUGUGGAUCCAGAAUUUGCAAAGGAAAUAGUGGAUAGACAAUCUGCAUGGAGAAGAGUUGUGUGUCUUGCUAUCAACUAUGGCACUAGCACACCAGGCAUGGCUGCUAGUCUUGCUUAUUUUGACACAUAUAGAAGGGAACGGGUGCCAGCAAAUUUGGUUCAGGCUCAGAGAGACUACUUUGGUGCUCACACAUAUGAGAGGAUUGACAUGGAGGGAUCCUUCCACACUGAGUGGUUCAAGCUUGCAAAACAGUCAAGGACUUAGAUUACUACUAUUCAAACUCUUUAUGAUUAAUUUUCAAUAAAUGUAAUGCUUUCUACUCAGGACUAUGCUGAGUUCAGCUUAAAUAAUUGCAUUGUGGUGAACUUCAAUUUCAUAAUUUGUCCAUCUUAAUUGGUUGGCUUUUGUUCUAUAAUCUAUUUUGUUGUUUCUUA